CUGAACGUCACAAAUGAUUACUAGUAGGAAUAUAAAUUACGGAGAUAUGAUGCCUAUAAUCUGAAUGAAUUUGCUUCUACUUGAACCAGACACAUUUAAGUAACAAUGAUUCGUUUAGUUGUCAUUGAUAGACAACUACGUAUACUGCGUCCAAAUGAGAAUUUCACAUCAUUUUCAUACAGUCAAUUACUGUGCAUGUUGGCUAAAUCUGUUAUAGUUAAACUUUGUAAUCUAGAAAACGCUGGUUUUAUAUCUGUGUGUGAUACAACAAGUUCGUCUCCCAAAGAAUCACUUGGUACAUUUUCAUCUGAUAUAUCCAGCUUGCAUAAUGCAAUUGAUCAUAUUGAACAAACAGCUAAAACAAUUUUCCCUAGUGAAUUGACCGCUACAUCAAUUCUUAAAAUCCUGAAAGAAGCAUAUCGGUACUGUGGACCAUGGUCAAAUAUUCAAGUUUUAUUAUUUACAGAUGGAGGAUCGUCUCAUUUUACUAAUUCCUCUUUCAUUUGUCCAACAGAUUUUCCUAAAACUCUAUUUAAUGAUGUAUCAAUUUUAUUUAUUAGUUUAAAUGAUAAACAACUAUCUAACGAUUUAAUGGAGUUAUAUAAUCAAUUCCAUUUGAAAUCAAUCAUUUUUGAAGCCAGUAAAUACAUUUCCAAUCCUAAAACAUAUACUACUGAAUUAUAUAUAGAUAGUUUAGCUAAACAUAUUAUUGAACAUUGUCAGCUGAAUCAAGGAAUUCCAAAUGUACUUAUCAAUUGUGGACGUCUUCAAAGUAAAGCAAUUUUAUUACCAUCACCCGGGGUUCAUUCAUUUACUGGAAUGAAUGACUUGGCAGUAAAUUCAUUUUAUGUGGAGAUUUUCGGUUUCCUUAAUCUUAGUGAUUUAAAUAAUCCGCCUGUAAAUGGACGUUUUACAGUGGUCAGUCGAACAGAUUCAUCUGAUCCUGAUCUUCUCUAUUUACUAUUACAAUCAUUACAAACUACAAAAACAGUUGCAAUGUGUAAUAUUUAUAUGAUAACAAUGAAUCAUCAUCAAUUCACUGAAUUGAAUAAUUCAAAUUCAACUACACCACUAUUUGAUACACAGAAUACAUUGAAACGUGAUCAACAGCAACAACAUAAAAUAGCACAAAAUCAACCUAUUUGGAGUCAUGGUUAUUUACAUCAUAUUGAUAUGAAACAAACCAUUUUAAUGUUAUCCGUAUUUGAACGAGAAUGUACUGGUUUACCUUGGCUGGGUAAUUUUAGUCAUUUAGCACCUGUGACAGAUUUUGCCGGUUCUCAAUUAUACGAUGAUAAAAAUGAAACUUCACCAUUCCCUGUUCGAACACCGGAUCAUUUAAGUUAUAAAAUUGAUUGUUCACGUUAUGUUUCUUGGUCAUCUCAAUCAGCAAUGCUAAUGGAUAUUAAUAAAGUACUUCGUUUAAGUCGACGUCUACCCGAUAAAUCUGCAUUACUUUAUAAAGAAUUAAAUCGACUACGUUUUGCAGCCAAUGUUUAUGGAUGUCCAGAAUUGUUAAUACAAAUUCAUUCAAUGAUUAUGUCUAUUCAUCAUCAACCGAACAAUAAUACUACUAAUACUACUAGUAAUAAUCAUGUUUUUACAACUGGUUCCACGGAACAAAAUAAAUUAUUACAAACUUGUUUAAAUACUGUCACUGAUAUAUUACUUCAACAAGAUACAGAUACAAAUGAUGAUUUAUCAUUAAUAUUAUCAUCACCUGAUAAAAAGAAAAAACUUUUGUAAAUAUAAAUCAUGAAGUG